GAGGGGAUGGAGGAGCGCGGCAGCGAAGGCCUCGACAACUUGUUGAUGGAACGCAAGAAUGAGUUCCUAGCUGGUGUUGAUUAUGUCUGUAUUUCUGACAACUAUUGGCUUGGGAAAAAACGUCCAUGCCUUACAUAUGGGCUCCGUGGACUAGCCUACUUCCAAGUAGAGGUGGAAUGAUCAAAUAAAGACUUGCACUGUGGAGUAUUUGGGAGGAACUGUUCACGAAGCUAUGCCGGAUCUGUGUCACUUGCUUAGCGUUCUCUUUGACAAGAACACAAAAAUCUUGAUCCCUGGAAUUGAUCGUGACGUGGCUCCCCCGUUAAAAAACGAGCUAUCAAUGUAUGAGAGCAUUGACUUCGAUGUUUCUGAGUACAAAAAAGACAUUGGUGUGGACCAACUGCCGCAUAAUGGCGACAAAACCAGGCUGCUUCAAGCCAGGUUUCGUUUUCCCAGCCUCUCUGUCCAUGGAAUCGAGGGUGCAUUCUAUGAGCCAGGCGCGAAGACCGUCAUUCCGAAAAAGGUGAUUGGCAAAUUUUCCAUUCGCCUUGUGCCUGACCAAAACCCAACGCACAUUGAGGAGUGUGUUGUUAAAUACCUUAACGAUAAAUGGACUGAGCGUGGCUCACCAAACAAAAUGAAGGUAACUAUGCUUUCGGCUGGCAAACCCUGGACAGAGGAUCCAAACCAUCCGCAUUAUGAGGCUGCGAAACGCGCCAUAAAACAUGUUUUUGAUGUAGAACCCGAUAUGACUCGCGAGGGGGGAUCCAUUCCCGUAACAUUAACAUUGCAGGAAGCUACUGGCAAAAACGUCAUCCUUGUGCCAGUGGGAGCAUGCGACGACGGUGCCCACUCUCAAAAUGAAAAAAUAGAUAUAUACAACUACAUUGAAGGCACUAAGCUGCUUGGCGCCUACCUGCACGAAGUUGGAAAAUUAUAAAAACUAGCUGAUGAAAUACAACAAGAAUAUCAGAUUUAUACUCUUAUACUUGCAAAAAAAUGCCGUUAAAUAAAUAUUACAUUGAGCAAUUACUAAAAAUA